AUGAAUCUCCUUUUGAGUAUUCUGCUUUCUGUUACGGCACUGGUUGCCGCAGCGACUUCUAGUAGAGAUGCGUCAAAUUCCUCCGUCAAUGCAGUCAAUAAUGAGAUUCGAGACAUCCCCGAUGGAGGUCUUUCUUUGCUAGGAACUUCUCCCGUCAUAGUCAAUAAUGUAGUUGUCGCGACUACAUCUUCUAACUUUGGCUCCCCUUCUGUCGCUAUUACUAUCGAUCAAGCCUCUGCAGCUACAUCAACUCUUAGUGAUAAUUUCCCUCCUGUUAGUCCCGGUCAUUCAAUUAUUCAUAGCGGCAUUCAUGAUUCUACAACUGUCAUUUUUUCCACUGUCACGUUGCCUCCAACUACUUCGGUUGCUGUUGGACCUGUUGUUCCGACUGCUCAAUCUAUCGCUCCGACUACAAGUCCUUUGUCUGCUAUUGAUGAACAAGGAGCUGCUCUUGUUUCUUCUGCAGCUACGACUACAUCUCAUUCAGCUUCGGCCACUUCUGAUGUUACUCAACCAGUAGUAUUAGAGACAUCUACUCUUGAACCAGAAACCACUCAACCUUCUCAACCAUCUAUUGUUGAAUCUUCAGCAACUCAAUCAUAUGUUGUUGAAUCAUCUGUAACUCUAGCAACUUCUCAAUCUUCGACCUCGCAAUCUUCGACCGCUCAAUCGUCAACUGCUCAACCAUCAACUUCUCAAUCGUCAGGUGCUCAAUCAUCGACUGCUAGAUCCUCAAAAGUUCAAUCAUCAGGUUCGCAAUCGUCAACUUCACAAUCAUUAACUGCUCAGUCAUCAGCUGCUCUAUCAUCGACUGCUCAAUUACCGGCUCAAUCGUCGAUGGAUCUGUUAUCGACUGCUCAAUCAUCGACUCAAACUUCAGAAGUUCCAUCAUCAACUGCCCAAUCCUUAGCAGCCCCGUCGACGACUUGUGAACCUUCUCCCAGUCAAACAUACACUUUUCAGCCUUCAGUCACUGAAACUUCGGCUUCUCCAUCAUCCUCUGUUUCAUCAUUUUCUGCUCAAUUUUGGACAACUCAAUCAAAAUCACUUGAAUCAUCGGCAGCUCAAGCUACAGCAGAAAGCAGCAUUAGUCAAAUAUCAGCUGCCACAAGCCUUCCAACAAUGAGCGCGAUCAGUCCUCCAUUCCUUAAUACCACUGCUUCCCUUGUUCAAUCUUUAAGUCCGUCUGUAGUCUAUCCUAGUUCAACAAUUGUUCCAGUAGUGUCUGCAUCUAGUCCUGCUACCUCUGUCAUUGUCGGAACAGCACAAACUAACUCUGCAAGUCUUCCUACAAUUAUUCCACCAUACAACAAUGUAUCCAGUUCAGCUGUUUCUGGUAUUUUUGGAACAUCCCAAAGCAUAAUUUUCAGCAGUUAUUCUAGUAAUACGGCAUCCAACGCUUUUGGCACAACCAAAACAACUACAAGAACAACUACCAUCACUUCAACAACAACCCGUACUGGCACUAUCACUACUACCAUUAGAAGGUCAUCUACUAGUAUCACUUCUCAAAGUUUUAUUGGCAAACUUCCUGUCACUGGUACUCAAGCUGGUCUCACAAUAGAAACUUUCACUUCUGGUGGAAGUACCUGGACUACAACUGAGACUGGUCCUCCACGUACCGUUACUGCAUCUCUGAUGUUGAAUCCAUCACUUUCGGCUUCUAGCAACGGUGGUAUUCUUACUUUCAAUAGUGUUGCGCCAUCUGGAGCUUGCACUUGUCCAUCUCAGGUUACUGUCACUGUUACUGCAACUUCAUUUAUUGCUACUGGUAGUACUCUUACAGGUACUGCAGCUAUUGCAGCUACUGGAUCUACAACAUCUGCCAAUUCCCCAGAAGAAUCUACCAGUUCGUCGUCGCACUCAACAACAUACAAUCAGCCACCCCAAGAAUCCUGGACCACCAACAGCGUUCCUGGCUUCAUUGGUGUUACCAUCCCAACAGGAGGCAUGUCGUAUCCUCCUCAAGCGGCCAGCUACUCCUUGAGCUAUACCACCACAACUCCCGCCUCUGUCUCCGUCUCCCACACUCAUCCAUACAUGAGUAUUGAACCCACACCCAACCUUAGUGUUUUAUCCAACUACUCAUCAACCAGUACUGGAAGUCUCUUAGGAAUAAAUGCAGGAACCGGCAUCGGAGCAAGCAUCCAUCCAAGUUAUCAACCAGCUACCCGACCAUCAUCAGGUAUCUCACCCUCCAUCAACUCAUUCAAAUCAUCCUCAAAAAUGUACAGCAGCAACGCCGAGAUCAACGCUGCCGGUACCGAAUCUGUCGCUUUAAUCGUCGGUUUCGUGGCACUUAUUCUUCUCGUCUAG